AUGCAGAGCGAGGCAACCAUCACCUUCACGCAGCCGGGCGUUCAGCCGCCUGUGUAUGUGGUCACCUCUCUCAGCACGCCGCCAUGGGCACCGCUCGAGCUGAAGCCGAGCAAGGAGAAGACACCGUCUGGGGACUUUGUAUUUGAGCAGAAGUUUGGUAAUGUCGCCGAGGGCAGCUACCAGUACAAGAUCCGUAUUGGUGAAGGACAUUGGGUUGUCGACGAGUCCAAAGAAUCUGCCACAGAUGAGCAGGGCAACCGCAACAACGUCGUUCACGCCAAACCUGCGAACUCCCACCUUCCUCUCGACCACCCAGCCAAUGUCAAAGAUACGCUUGAUCGCAAAGAUAGCACAAUAGAUACCGGCGACGAGAAGCCAGGGCCCAUCCCAUUUGUGGUGGUCGAGAAGGUCGAGGACAAGGACCAGCCGGAGUAUGGUGACGUUGCGCCUAAGAGCCUUUCUGUGGACGAGUCUAAGCGUGCUGCCGACCCUGAACCAGACUUCGAACAGACCAAGACAGACUCUCCCCUCGACACCGAACCGCUCAAAUCGGCAGAAGCCCCUCUCGUUAUGGUCGAGAAGGUCGACGACAAGCCAGCGCACAGGGACGACUUCGGCGAGGAUGUGACCAAAGGCCAGAAGGUCACGCAUAAGCUGAGUCCUGCAGAUGUAUCGCCAGACGGACUCACUGUCUCGCCUGAGGGACCUGAUGAACUCGAGCCUGAGGAUGCGCAAGCCCCGCUGUUUCGACAUGAGUCGUUCCAGGACUCUGAGGCUUCUUUGCCUGACCCUUCAAUGGACACGAUCGAAGAAGAGUCCGUACAGUCCUCGACUGACCACACCAGCUCAGGGGACAUUAUCAACACACCCUCUGCUGAGUCACAGGACGACUUGCAAGAUGAAGACGAGCUGGGUCAUGGACCUCUUCUCUCCCACGAGACUGGCUUCACGGAUACGGAAAGCGAGUUUGAGAAGGCACCGCUUCUCUCACACGAGACUGGACUGGGAGCCAAAGAGGACGAUGAAGAUGAUGAGUUCACGAAAGGGCCCCUUCUUCCCCACGAGACCGGCUUUGCCCCUCAGGCGAAACACGACGACAGCGACUACGACGAAGACGAGUUUGAUGCAGCGCCGUUGUUACCUCAUGAGACUGGUUUCUCGUCAUAUAAGGGUAGCGAGGCCGCCAGUAGGAGCAGUCGCCUUGCUAAGGACGAGUACGACUACGAACCAGAGCAUUAUACACAGUACGGCGAUCACUCGGAUGACGGUAAGGACUUCGGAGAGCUCGAUCACACUCCCACCUUUUCUCAUGAGCAAGAUUUGCCCGCAGAGGAUUACGGUGCACCUCUGCUUCCGCAUGAGCGAGGCUCUGCUGCUGAAAGUUUCUCUGGGUCCGAGCGAUCUUUCAGCACAAGCCCGACAAUGUACGAGGGUGCUCACCCGGCCUUUGGGCAAGAGACAGACACCGCUAAGGAACUGUUUGGCGGAUCGAUGCGCCCUUCGUUCUUCAGGACACAUACCAGCAGUAGUACGCUUCCAAAUAAGCUACCGCGAUCAGACGCAGAGGAUACCGAUCUCCACGACCCAGGGCUCGAAAUAUUCCCUGUAGGUCGUGAGCAAAUCCUCGAGCGUGUGGCAACCAUCGGUCACAAGCUACCUGAAGACGAGACACAUGAUGUGCCAACCUCGCCACAACCGUCGGUUCUUUCGCAAGCCUGUUCUUCAGUCGAUCUUGUACCCGUCAAAUCGUACAUCUCUUUGGCAUCUGUGCGCGAAGAUGAGGAAGAGGAGGACGAGGAAGACAAUGCAGACGUCGAGUCUCUCGGUUCUCCUGUGAUUAUGAGUCGCUCGAGUGCUCGAUUCGCUCGAGAUCGAGACCCUCUUGCAACGCCUCAUCCUGAUGACAGUAAGCAGCUUGGCUUCGUUCCAGAGAACAAGCCUGAGAUGCAAAACACUCACACUGCCGAGUCUAGCGAAGCCAACAGUGUUAGCAAGACUGACGGUGCGAAGGACAGCCCCAAAGGCUUGACUAGUCUGCCCGACAUCGUAGCUUCGAAGGCAACAGUUAUGAACACCCUGACCCCUCCGCUCACACCCAGAACGCUUGAAGCACUCGGAAAAGAGCACUCCCCACCCGUCCCUGAAUCAGAGCUUCGUCAACGUCGAGAACCUGCCAAGGAAGCUGUCGAAAACUCUGCGCCGACACCUCAACCUGAGGACAACAAGGACGAGGAUGUUGCUGUCGCUGCCCCGCCCAUGGUGACAUCGGCGGCUGAGAAGCUGAAGCUUAAGAAGAGCUCCGUUCAGAGUUGGAAAGAAGCUAGCAUUGGCGUCACGGCUUUGGUUGCUGUUGGAGCAGUGUACUACUACCUUGCUGUAGUACGAUGA